AUGGAGAAUCUUCCAUCGGAGUUGCUUACGCACAUCUUUGGUUUUCUGCACCCCGUUUACGAUAGGCUUCCGAGACUUUCUGCCGUUUGUCAAGAAUGGAAAGCAAUCAUCCAGAAUUCACCUUGUCUGUGGGAACAUAUUCACCUGAAGACUCGUCAGUUGUCAGAAAGAGAGAAAAACAUCAUUUUUAAAUGCCUUAGAGAAUAUGAGGUAUAUAUCAAGUGCCUUAGAGUGGCUUCUUUAGACGUUGUGUUCGGUUACGACUUUUGGUUCUUCAUACGACAUGUGACAUUGAAAAUGACAAACCUAACUUGUCUUGACAUUCCAACCUUUCCAUGGAACCUAGGACAAUUUACAACUUUCCGAAGCGCCGAAAGUUUAAAAGAACUUAAUCUUUACGGCUUUUGGGAUUUGUCAGACAUUCAGUGGACGCAAAACUACACACAGCCGGUGUCACUGAUCAACCAAAGACAUCUUAAACAAGUCAGAGCACGAUGUACAAAACUGGAAGUUUUGAAGCUGUCUAUCAACAUGCUCCGGUUGACAGAUAGCGCUCUAAUGGAAUUUUUAAACGCUCUCGGUAAUCUCAAAGAAUUGCAAAUAUCUGCAUAUAACAGCAGUGAAGCAAAUAUUCCUUUGAAUCGAUACACUAUGAAAUUAAUGAAGUGUUUGUUAUCUUCAAGUUACAUUUCAAUAAUCACAAAACUAGACCUUCGCUACAUUUCCAUCGGUCACAAGGAGCUCAGACUCUUACUUAAAGUUCUCCGAUCACUGAGGGAUUUGAAACUUUGCUUUCUUGACAUUCAUCGCUGUAUUACAGGCUAUCAAUAUCUCGAAUCAAAAACCCUGCAAUAUUUCGAGUUGGAUGGUCUACCGGCCAAAAACAUAGUGCGUUUAAAGUGUUCCAUGCCUAAGUUGAGGCGGCUGAGAAUUAAUAGAUGUUCCAACUUGAAAUCCCUUCAGGUGGUGUCUUCCAUGCUAGAGCACUUGUCCCUGAACUAUCUUGCCAACCUGCGGUCAUUGCAUGUUACAUCUAUAACUUUAAAACUUUUUGAGGUUGCGAAUUGCGAAUCACUUACACCAAAGACGAUCGACAAACUUCUGCAGAUGAACAGAAGAAUUGAACAUUGUACUAUCAGGGGACGUCUGGUAGAUUUUCAAGUUUCCCAAGUGGAAAUCAGUAGAGUUUUGACAGAUCUGUGUCUGUGGAUAACCGAUUUUAGCAAAGUGCAAACCAUGCAAGUACACUGUCCAACACUAAGGUCAUUUAUGUGUAACUAUCACGCCCCAGACAGAGAGUUCUCUGGUUCUAUACACCAAGAGUGCUGCGUGGAUAUUCGAUGUAACGUUCUCCUUGAUGCGUAUAUAUCCCUACCGCAAGUCAAAUCAAUCGAGAUAAAAUGUGCGUCUGUUGUGCAUCUUCUACUUAAUAUAGGAAAAAAGAAACUCGACAUGCCUUGUCAUGUAGUGCGAGUGUCAGCCGAUGCUAAAAUACACACUGUGUGCGCUAAACAAUGCAACUUCGCUAGAGUAGAAUUUACAGCAGAUGAAGUUAGUAAUUUGGAUUUCGAUCAAUGUCGAAUUAAUGAAGGACUAAAACUUGCUGGAAACUGUGUUGACUUGAUCUGUAUUAGAAAUAUGGUGAAAUCACAAGAGAACAUUGACAUCAUUACGCAGUGCAAUGAAAUAAGGAAGGUAAUCCUAUCGGAAUGUGACAAGCUUUGUACAGUCACUGUAAUACCUGAAAAAAAGCUAGUCUACAGCAAAACAGGUCUCAAAAAAACACAGCAGAUCACAGAGGACCAUUCAUCUUCUGCGUCUGAUGCACAUGCUUUUGACUGUGGGACAGAAAGACAACAAGGUGUGUUGAACAGCACAUCUUCGGAAACAGCCGUCGAUGGACCAAGCAGAUUGGUAAACACGGUUGCUACAUUUAAUUGUCCUUGUUUCCGUGGCUUGCUAUUGAAUCACACAAAAGAAAAAAAGUAA